CUUUCCUUAUCUGUAAAAUGAGCUGGAUAAGGAAAGGGCAAACCACUGCAGUAUUUCUGCAAGGAAAACCCCAUGGAUUGUAAGGUCAGACACCACUGAAAACAACAAAAAGUGUGAGUGAAGUAUUAGUAUAGAUAGGAUGUUUGAGGCUUCCUUAACUAAGCAAGACCAAGAUUUUGUAGUUUUUCUAGGCCAAAUUAGAUUUUAAGUAGAUUUUCCCAAGCAAAUGUCAGGUUCUUUUGUUUUUCCAAAUUUUCUCACUUCUUUUAGUGUCUUAAAAUAUUAAGUAAUUUGCUCAAUAAUUCCGAACUUGGGAUGUUCAGUGUUGCCCUUUCCUAUUUUUUAGAUGGUCAUUGGGAGGUAAAUCUCAUUGAUGAUAGAAUCACUGCUUUAAAACUUUGUUUUGGAAUUAGAGCUCUUCCUUUCCUCCACCUGCCCAACUGAUACCAAUCCUUUCCCCUAUAACUGCCCUAAUUAUAGCCAAAUGACAUAGUGGGAGUUUGUAUAAGAUAAGCUGGACUUUCUUAUAAAAGUUAGAGGUGACUUGUAACAUGUUAAGAAUGAAUAACUCAGUGUUUUUAGAAAUAAUCUUGUGUUACAUUUGGACAUCAAAAAUUCGUUUGAAUUUAAUCGGCCAAUGAGAAAUUAAUUACUGCUUUUAGAGCAAUACACUGGUGGGUUUUAAGCCUCUAAGCCUAUAUCUGCCCACCUAGAUCACUGUUACAGGUGACCCUGGGGGCUCCAUCAAUAUCCAUUAUAUAAGUACUUAAUUCUUAGGAUGCAUAAAUAUAGAUGAACUUUUCAUGACACAAGUGGGGAAGAGGGGACCUUUUCCUUCCCAAUAGUUUACAUUUAUAUAGUGCUUUACCUAUGACAAAACCCUUCUCUUGAAACAAACAGCCCUGUGAGGGUAGUAAGAGAGGUAUUAUUAUCCUUAUCUUACAGCUGAGGAAAUAAAGGUUUUUGCAGGUUGUAGUGAUGUCUUUUGUUUUUACAUCACAAUCAUUCCCAAAUAUAACCUCUCCCCCUCCCUCAGCCCUACUCAGUGAGCUCUCCUUGUAGCCAAGAAAAGUAGUUAAGUAAAACUUGCUCAGCAAGCACACCUGAUGGACCAUGUGACAUUCCACACCUAUGUUCCCCCAUUCCCCUUCCCCCCCAAGGAAAGAAGAGAGAUCGUGUGUCACUUCCCUGCUUAAGAACCUGUCAUGGCUCCCUGGAACAUUGCCAGAGAAAUGUCACCAGCAGUAAGUUCCUGUUCACAGAAGGAAGAGCUCGCUGUGUUUGGGGAAGGAAGGCUCCAUGGAAGAGCGUGUUCCAUGGGAAACGGAACGAGCAGGCUCUAUGGUGCUAUCGCCAAGACCCUGAACAGCUCGGCAGCCACCCAGCACCCAGAUUGUUUGGUGCCUCCUGACUCAGAACAGCUGGAUCCCAUAGAUCCCAAAGAGCUGCUUGAGGAAUGCAGGGCAGUCCUGCACACGCGCCCUCCCCGGUUCCAGAGGGAUUUUGUGGACUUGAGGACGGACUCAACAAGUAGCCACCCAUCCAUUAGGGUCAUGCAGUGGAACAUCCUUGCUCAAGCUCUUGGGGAAGGCAAAGAUAACUUUGUGCAGUGCCCUGUUGAGGCACUCAAGUGGGAAGAAAGAAAAUGUCUCAUUCUAGAAGAGAUCUUGGCCUACCAGCCGGACAUCCUGUGCCUGCAAGAGGUGGAUCACUACUUUGACACUUUCAACCCGCUCCUCAGUAGACUGGGCUACCAGGGUACCUUCUUUCCGAAGCCAUGGUCGCCCUGUCUGGAUGUGGAACACAAUAAUGGUCCUGAUGGCUGUGCCUUGUUUUUUCUUCAGAAUAGAUUCAAGCUGGUCAACAGUACCAACAUCAGGUUGACUGCCAUGACUCUUAAAACUAAUCAGGUGGCUAUAGUGCAGACACUGGAGUGUAAGGAGACAGGGAGACUCUUCUGCAUUGCUGUCACCCACCUGAAAGCCCGUACUGGCUGGGAGCGAUUUCGGUCUGCACAAGGUUGUGACCUCCUCCAGAACCUGCAGAACAUCACCCAGGGAGCCAAGAUCCCCCUCAUUGUCUGUGGGGACUUUAAUGCAGAACCCACCGAGGAAGUUUACAAACACUUUGCCUCCUCUAGCCUCAACCUAAACAGUGCCUAUAAACUGCUGAGUGCAGAUGGACAGUCAGAACCACCGUACACAACCUGGAAGAUCCGGACAUCUGGGGAGUGCCGGCACACGCUGGAUUAUAUCUGGUAUUCCAAGCACGCUUUAAAUGUGCAGUCAGCUCUUGGCUUACUCACCGAGGAACAGAUUGGACCCAACCGGCUACCAUCCUUCAAUUACCCUUCCGACCACCUGUCUUUAGUGUGUGACUUCAGCUUUAAUGAAAACCAGGACCAGCUUUUAUAGCUUGCCUGGAGCUAAAUUUCUAGUUGCAAAAGUAGGGAAAUGAAAAUAAGUUGGUUGAGGAAGGAUUCACGUUUCUCAGCCUACCUUUCUGGCAUGGCCCAAAUUGGGGGGGGGAAAGACAAUUUCACAACUUUUUUGAUUAAAGUCUCUAUCAAAAAAGGUGUGUGCACCCCAGUUUUGGCUUGUGGUGUUUUCUCUCCCUUCAGCAUUAGUUUUUGAUAAGAAGUAAGAGAACCAUGUCAUUCAUUUGGAACCUUUCUCCUUCCUGAGGACUUUGUGCCAAUGUGGACUUGCUCUUGAGUCUUCCCUGACUGAGGUUGGUGACUGUAUAUAUAAAUCAAGACAACACUCUCCUAUUUUUAUUUAUUUAUGGCAUUUAAAAAGACAUUAACAGAAAAGGACUGUGCAUGGCCACAUUAUUUAUUUUUUUUAACAUUGCAUUGUAAAUGACAUAAGCAAAUGUUUAGAAACUUAGCAUGUGAGAACCAUACGAGAUGUUGUAGAGCCAAUGAAGGUUUUUUGGCAUUCUUCUUAAGAUAGAUUUAACCAUUUUCGCAUUUAGUCUGUCUGAUAGAACAGUGCUGAUACACAACAGGUUUAAAACAGAGUAGUUGCUCCAGGAUUGUGUUUUCUAGUGGUAGAGCCACAUGAAGUGGGGGAGCCUGUUCCUUUCUUCUGUUUCAUAGGAGGCAUCAUCUCUCUCCUGUGUCCUUUCUAAUCUGUUCCAUUCGGGAACUAGCACAUAGCCACAUCCUUUCUGUUUACAUGUAUGUUUCAUGCAAAGAUGUGAGUUGAUCCAAAUUACUUAACCACUACUUUAUGUAUUUUUUACUUAUCCAUCAAUUUGUUAGGUGACCUAGUCCACUCUCUCAGUUCACUUGACCUAAGAAUUUUAUAAAUGACACUGGAAUUUUUCAAGAAUAGGUUUGGGUUUUUUGGGUUUUUUUUUUUGUUUUUUGUGUUUUUGGGGGGGGGGGGUUCUUGUUUUUCCGGGAGCUGUUUUAGUAUGGUGCCUGAGAAAAUGAGGGUCCUUCCUUCUCUGUAA